AUGGCGGGGAAAGGAGGGACGAACGUGGACGAGCCGCUGGAUCUGCUGAGACUGUCGCUGGACGAGAGGAUCUAUGUGAAGAUGAGAGGAGACAGAGAGCUCAGGGGAAAGUUGCAUGCUUAUGAUCAGCAUUUGAACAUGGUUUUGGGGGAAGUCGAAGAAGUUGUAACUGUAGUAGAAUAUGACGAAGAUACUUUCGAAGAGCACGUCAAGAUGACUAAGAGGAACAUCGACAUGUUGUAUGUAAGAGGAGAUGGAGUCAUCCUAGUUUCGCCCCCUUUGAGAACCAGUUAG